AUGGCUAAGGCUUAUGUGGUGCUCAGCUUUCAUGAAACAUUGUUACACCAAUCUGAUGUUGAUCUUUUGAAUGGGCCUUACUGGCUAAAUGAUACCAUAAUAUCAUUCUAUUUUGAAUACUUGGAGAAGGUGCUAUUUAGCGAUGUGAAUGACAUUCUUUUUGUUUCACCUGAAGUUACUCAAUGUAUAAAAAUGGUUACAACUGAUGAAAUCAAGAUUUUUUUGGAACCUUUAAACAUUGAUUCAAAGAAGUUUGUGUUCUUUGCUUUGAAUGAUAAUAGUUCACCUGAUACUGCUGGGGGAAUGCACUGGAGCUUAUUAGUAUACUCAAAAAUUGAAAAUUGUUUCUUCCACCUUGAUUCAUCGUCUGGUAUAAAUCAUGAUGUUGCUUGGGAUUUUGCAAGUCAUCUAAUGACAUACUUUUGUAGAGGAGAUCUAAUUAACUUUGUGGAUAAAGAAUGUGUACAACAAAGUAAUGGCUAUGACUGUGGUGUGCAUGUUAUUUGUAACACAGAACGCCUGGCCGAGUAUGCUAGAUCACAUAGACAGAUUUCAUCUUGCGAUAUGACAUUCAGCAUUAACACAACUGCUAAGAGGAAAGAUAUUAUCUCAAUUAUACAGAAUCUUGCUAGUGGAUGA